UGUAUAAAAAGACCACCCGUCCACGGAUCCAGCAUCACACCCGUCCGGACUCCAGAGCCAUCACCGCAUCGAACGUUGUUCGUAUAUUUUACCAUUUAUAAUUCCUCGUCUCAAAUCACUUCACUCAGCGAUCAUUAUGGCUUUCAGAUUCGCAGUAUUUACAUCCGUCCUGGCGGCAGUAGCUCACGGUUCUCCCGUGUACGCACCCUACGCGGCCUCCCCCUACGAGGUCGCCCCAUACUCGCCUGCCCUGUACGCGCCGGUUCCGUACUACGCGGCGGCGGCCAAGUCGUACGACGCCGACUACGACCCGAACCCGUCGUACUCGUAUGCGUAUGACGUGCACGACCAGUUGACAGGCGACUCCAAGAGCCAGCACGAGAGCAGACAGGGCGACGUGGUUCACGGUUCGUACAGCUUGGUGGACCCGGACGGCACCAGACGGACGGUCGACUACACGGCGGACCCGCAUAACGGUUUCAACGCGGUCGUCACCAAGGAACCGCUCGUCAAGGGUUACGCGGCCGCGCCCGCCCGCGCCGCAUAUCCAGUCAAGUCGUACGCGCCCGCGCCCGCCGUCUACCCCGCGACCGUCAACGCUUAUGCGCCCAUCUAUCCGGCCGUCAAGGCGUACGCGCCGUCACCGUACCACGCCGUGUACCCGGCUUAUCACUGAGACGGCGUUGUUCACGUGACCGCGUCAUCACCGCACCGCACACCGAACCAGAUUUACACUGCACUAUAUUCGUAUUAUAUCCUUUAAGGGUAGUACUGCUGCACACGCCGCCGUCGUAUAGUGAAAAUCAUAUUAUCAACAUCACUGCGGCGUGUGACGCGGCGGCAAUAGAUUUGAACGGAAACAUUUUUUCGUUUUUGUCCUAUUUAUGACAACUACUAUAAUAUAUACAUUUAUAAGAUCUUAAACUUAAUUUUUUUACUUUCAUAUAAAUGUUCUAUAAUGUAACGCAGUACCUACCUACUUAGUUUCAUCACUUAUUGUUUCUAUAUAAUAAAUAUGCGUAUACAUUAAAUACGGAUUACAGUAUUAUACUGUUGUGCGUUACUAUUUAUACUUUGUUAAUAUAAUACUGUAUUUUUCAUACAAA